AUGUCUGAGACAAAGAAGCCGUCAUCUUUAAAGAAAUUGACCAGUGGGUCCACUUGGGUUUCACCAUUUAGAAAUGCUGGGGGUGAAAAGAAAAACUUACGCCAGCAAUUAGCAGACGAGAACUCCAUUAAGAAGAUUGGUGUUCCCAAGAAAUUUUUGGCUCAUCCUACUUUAGAAGCAGAGAAGAAGAAGAAGAAAGAAGAAGAGGCAGCAGCAGCCAAGGCAAAGGAAGAAGAAGCAGCCAAGGCAGCUGAAGCCGAAGCCGAAGCCGAAGCCGAAGGAGACGAAGCAGAAGCCGAAGCAGAAGUUGAUGCGGACGCUGAAGAAACUGUAGACGCUCCUGAGGAGCCAGAAAAGUCAGCUGAAUUGGCAAGCGAGGCAAUUACUUCCAACACUUCAGUCAAAUCAUUGAAAGACGAGUCCAUUAACACUCCAGCUGAGCCAGUUGACGCUGUUGAAACUGAAGUCGUUGCCAAUGGCACAACUGAAGAGUCUGCUGAAGAAACUGCUAAAGAAACUGCUGAAGAAACUGCUGAAGAAACUGCUAAAGAGCCUGAAGCUGCCGCUGAUGACGACAACAUUGUCGAGCAAGUAAAGAAUACCCCAAUUGAAAUUGUAACUCAACCAGAAUUCAAGUAUGCUCCAACUGAAGCUGUUAACGAAAAGACCUUGCAAGACUUCAACGACAAGCCACUUUUGCUCGCUCGUUACAACGAGUUGAACGCUGCAGCCGUUGGCUCAGUCUCUCGUUCAAUUGACGAUCCAAACAAGGUCAUUGACUUGGGUUCUGGUCUCAAGAUGACUCAACAACAACUCUUAGAUAUAGCCGCUUUGAGAGUGGCCCCAGUCUUAGCCAACAUCAACGACGAGGUUUCCAAAACAAGGUCUGAAGAUGAAAUCAAGAGACAACAAGACUUGUCCACCAAGAUCGCUGGCCAUGAAAAGAAGUUACAAAGUGACUUUGACAAGCAUGUCAAGAAGAUCGAUAAGCAAAAGGAAAAGUUCGAUAAGGAAACUGAAGAAAAGAAGAAUGACUUGUCAAGAAUCAUGGCCAAUGCUGAUAGGACUGCUGAAGCCUUUUCCACUUUGACCAAAGAAGAGAUUGAAACUGCUAACAAGGAAUUUGAAGAACGUGAAACCGCCGCUGUCGAAAAGCAUGGCUCCGAUAAGGAAACUUUAUUGAAGAACCAUGACGAAUUAGAAGCUACUAAGAAGCAAGAGUUAGAGGAUUCCAAGACCAAUCAAGAAAAGACCACUACCGAAAUUGAAGAGUUGCAAGAGAAGAAAACCAAAUUGGACGAUGAAAACUCCGAUUUGUCCUCCAAGAUUGAGGAAUUGACCGCCAAGUACAAUGCUAAAUUUGAAGCAUUGGAGGCUCUCAAGGGAACUCACUCCGAAAAGGAAGCUUCUAUUGCUAAGAACUUAUCAACAAAGAGUGAAAUUGAACAAAAGUUAUCCACUACCAAAGCAGACUUGGAAACCAAGAAAUCCAAGCACUCUGGUUUAGCUGCUGAAGUCGGUUUGUUGACUGGAGCUGUCGCUGCCUACGCAGCUAAAUUGGCUUCGUUGAAAUCUGAAAAGGAACAGGUUCCUUCUAGAUUAUCUAAAGCCAAAGAAAACUACAAUUCAUGGUUGAGCGAAAGACAGGAAGUUGCUAAGAAUGUUGCUCUCGAUCAUGAGCGUCAAAGAGCCUUAGCAAAGGAAGAAGAGGAGACUAAGAGAAUCAAGGCUCAAGAAGAAGCUGAAACCAAGAGAAUUGAACUUGAAUUGGAGAGACAAAGGUUGAAAGAAGAAGAGGAAUUCAGAGCUGAAGAAGCCAGAAUUGCAGCAGAGAAAAAGGCUGAGGAAGACAGAAUUGCGGCAGAGAAGAAGGCAGAAGAGGAUAAGAUAGCAGCAGAAAAGAAAGCUGAAGAAGAUAAGAUUGCAGCCGAAAAGAAGAUUGAAGACGAUAAAAUUGCAGCAGAGAAAGCCUUAAAGGAAGAAGAAGAAGAAAAAGCUCGCUUGGUCCUUCAACCUGAGUAUCAAAGGCAGCAACGUGCUGAUGCCAGAGAAGCGGAAAAGCAACGUCUUUAUGAGGAAAGAGCCGAGAAGGAAAGAGUUUACCAAGAACGUAAACAGAAAGAACAAGAUGAAGCUGAUCAAUUAGAAAGAGACAUUGCUGCAUUGUACCAGCAGAAGGACUUGAAAGCCCAAGAGGCAAGGGAAGAAGCUGAACGUCUUGCUCAAGAAAAGCUUGACGAAAUUGAAAAAUUGAAAGCUGAACACGAAGAAAGAUUGAAAUUGUUCCAGGAAAGGUUGGAUUUUGAAGAAUUGCAAAAGACAAGAUUAUUGGAAGAAGUUGAGAACUUGAAAAAGAUUAGAGAAUUGAGAGAAGAAAAGGCUAAGUUGGCUCUUGAAGUCAAUAGAGACGACCGUCUUGAUGAUAUUCAGAAAUUGAUUAGAGACAGAGAAAAUGAAGUAGCAAAAUUAUCUAAGCAGAUUGAAUUGGAUGAUCAAGAUUUGUAUAGAGAACAUAAAAAGGAAGCUCUGAAUCUGUCUUCAUUUAUUCCGGUCCCGCAAAUCAGAGCAGCCGCUAAUUCUCCCGUCACUGCUCUUGAGAAGAAGGAGAAAGCUUCGAAGGAAUCUACUUCGAAUGGUAUAAAGGCCACCACCGCUGGAGCUGCAGCUGUAACUGCAGCUGCUGUUGGAGGUGUAUCUGCUGCAGUAGCCACUCCAAAGACUGCCACUACUUCAUCUACUGGAUUGGAAACCAAGCCAAGGUCAGGAAGUAUUACCAAGUCUAUUAAGAGAUUAUCUCAAAAAUUUAAGGCUCCAAGUAGUCCAACUAAGAAGGAAACCCCCAAGAAGGAAGUUUCUAAGAAGGAAGCACCAAGUGAAAAGCCAGCUGUGAUUUCUCCAAAGGAAUCUAUUGAUCUUAAGAAGCAGCCACCAGCUACUUUGAAAACUCAAGCAAGCAGAUCAGAAGAUGCUAGCAUUGUUGUCUACGAAGAGGUUUCUGAUAGUGAGUACGAAAGAAACAAGGAUCACCCGGAUUACUUAGAAAUCAGCCACGAUGAGUAUGAAAAGUCUCAACAAGCUUUGGCAAAGGCCAAAAACAAUGAAAAGUAA